CAGAUCCCAGACACUCCUCUUUCUCACAGCUUCGAGCGACUCACCGUUUCUCGUCUUUUGACUUUUUGAAGUCUCGUCAGUCCCCGUUGCGUGUAUUUGCCUUUCCUCACCUUGGGAGGGCGGGAGCGAAAGAUAACUUCGAAAGUCAGGUUUAUGGUGUUCACGUUUCCUCCGGGACACACAUGCCCCCAAAAGCCUUGGGGCACUUGUAAAAGUAUGCAAUGUUUGACCUUGGAUACUACAAGCAGCAAAGGAAGAAAAAUGUCUGACGGCAACUUUUUUUUUCUUCUUUCGUUUUUUAUUCGGAGGAAGAACAGCAGCAGAAUGAUGGAAAGCAGAAACCGCGAAUAGACAGCAAGUACUAUUAGCAGCCAAUAAAAAGGCACUUAAGAGCCCGCAUUUAUCACCAUUUGCUCGACUGAUGUGAGCGCACGAAAAUAAGUCUGAAUGGAGUAAAAAAAAAAAAAAAAAAGCUUCAAAAAGAAUGCGGGGUAAAAAUACUCUUGACAGUAAAUGUAGAUAUUCUUGAAGGCGCGCGAUGGCAUAAAGGAAAGACUGUUAUUUCUAGGGAAAAAAGAAAAGAAAUCGUGCUAGCAGUUAUAAUGCAUAAAUCAUCCUUCGGAUACUCGGCCCCGCCCACAAGCAACAAGCUUUCCACUCUUUUUCAUUUACUCCACCAGGACGUCUGCCUGCAGCUCCUCUAUCUACACUUCUGCUCGCUCACACGAGGUCUUAAACCAACGUCGUCCUUUGUCACCAUCUCCAUUUCUAUUGAAAGAUUUGCGAAUCUCUCCGUUUCCCCCCUCUCUAAUGCUUUUCUGACAGAUUUUUUAUUUUAUUUUUUUAAGAGCUUUGCCCUGAAGGUUCCUUGGGCAAGAAGCGGAUAAUCUGAGCAGAAGACAGACGGUGGGAAGAGCGCAGCUGCUGCGUGCGGAGCAAAGAAAAAAAAAAUAGAGAUAAAGGCGGCGAGAAGGUGUGCAAGUGUGAAGGGCGACGAGGCCGGCGAGGACACAGAGACAAAAAACCCCAAAACAAACCAAAAAAAAAGAACCCGUCUUCCCCAUCCGGCGUCCACCUGAACGUGAACUGCGGGAAUGCGGCGAGACGAGACGUCACACGCCCACUGAAGGAGCCUCGCUACUUUCCUCAUCAUGCUCGAUUCCGCUGGCUUCCCAGAAUCGAACAACCUGCGCCGGAAGAGCAACUUCGUCCCCGGGUAGAAUGACGAAAGGACACCUGAGAGCUUGUGACACCCUGUGACAAACCUCCUUUUUUCCUCCUUCAUCACCUUCCUCUGUCCUUGCCUUCACUUCAGCUCGACUCUCUCCUCCUCACUAUGUUGAUACCAGCUGUCCUCCUAUGGAUUCUUAAUGUCAGCAAACUGUGCUCAGGACAAGACUACAUGGACUACUACUCAGCAGGAGACACGGGAACCCAGGCUCCAGUGUUGUCAGAUGACCAGGUCAGUUUACAGAGCGUCAAGAGUGUGGAUCAGCUGCUGCGGCUUCUCUAUCCUGAAUACAAUCUGCUUCAGCAGUGCCUGAGGAAGAAAUCAUGGCACGCCUCUUCCUCCCCAUUUCCCAGCUCCUCUGCGAGCCCGGCGGUUCAUUUGAACCAUGACGAUGGCUGGGUGCAGCUGAGGGAAGAGCCGCUUUACAAAGUGGACAGUACUCUCGGAGUCAUCCUAGAAGAGAUCCAGCGCACUUCGUGUCAACCCCGGGAGGUGUGCAUUGAGGUUACCAAAGAGUACCAACAAUCCACCAGUCAGUUCUACCUCCCCCGCUGCGUGGCCCUGCAUCGCUGCGGUGGAUGCUGCACCAACGAAGCCUUUUACUGCACCAACACGAGUCACGCGCUCGUCAACAAGACGCUGAUGGAACUAUCGCCACCCAGGAUGGAGCGCUCCGUUGUCAUGGUAACCUUUGUCAAUCACACGGUGUGCGAGUGCCUCCCUAAGCGGCCACUUCACUCCAUCAUCAGACGAGCCGCAAUGGAUCACCUAUGUUCCCCUCCCUCGGUCCCCUGUGCUCCGGCGUUCUUGUGGGAUCCCGUCAACUGCAUGUGUGUGCCCAUAGAUGCCAUUAACUACUCUGAGAAAGAGACAGAGGCUUUGGACUCAGGGCUGCUUGCUCUCUGCGGCCCCAACAGGGUUCUGAAGGAGCCCAGCUGCGAAUGCGUCUGUCGAAACGGGCUCACCGAGGCCAGCUGCGGUCCGGGCUGGAAACUGGACCACAACACAUGUGAAUGUCAAUGCGAAGGUCAGGAUGAGGGCAAGUGGUGCCCCGUCGGCCAGCGCUGGAACGAGGAGCUGUGCGGCUGCGUGUGUGCCGCCCAGUGUCCCGGGAAUCAACCUCUCAACCCCGACACCUGCUUGUGUCAGUGCAGAGAAAGUCCACAGACAUGUCUACGGCAAGGCAAGAGGUUCAACCCUAACACCUGCAGUUUUAAUUUCCGGUGAGCUAGUCAACCAUGACCAUGAUGAUUGACGACAUCUUGGGUUCUAGCAAGACGGGGAGAAAAAGGGAGAAAAGUGAACGAGGAGCAUUGAAAUCAAUCAGAGAUGCAAGAUAUCCCCUCUUCCAUUGACUUAUUUAAGAGUUUGGUGUUGUCGGCCCAAAGAAUGCUUCAAAGCUAAUAAUAAAAAGAAAAGACUUGCCUCAAAAUUCUCAGUAUAAACUGAAAACAUAUACAGGGUAUUUCUUUUUUCCAGUUAUUAGCUCAUUUAGCAUUGUUUUCAUUACUCCGCUCACAAUGUUAGCAAAGCGAUGGGAACAUGUUAUGAUAGCGUGGAAGUCGAGCCAACAAUUUUCCUCAGUAUGAGGACUUAUUAAGCUGUUUGAGAGAAACUAUUUUCAGAGGUUUAUUUUGUUCUGCCAAGUUAUCAGAAUUCCAUCAAAAACAGUAAAAGUCCAUUUAUACUUUACAGAAGUGUAAUACCAGUAUCUGUACUACUUGUGUGAAGCAUUCGAGUACUUUUGCAACCUGUCACUAAUUCAGGAACAGUCUAAAACACUUCAUGUGUGUGUGUUUAUAAAAAAUAAAAGCAUAACACGGCUAAUAUUUGAAAGGUACGCCACCAAAAUUCAUAAUAUGACAUCUCCAUUUAGCGCACUGCUAUUUCUGAAUAUUUCAAAGCGAUCACCAUUUUAUGGGCAUAAAGAUGUGACACUCUCCUCACCCGCAUCGGGUUUUGUUCCUCAACUGUCAUCCUCAUCCCUGCAUAAGUAACAAACCCCGAGACCACUUGUGUUGUGAACCGCCCCUUUUGAUUCACCUCGUCACUAAACAUGAUUGUGCUGCUCUCAAUCAUUUCUUCCUUAAUAAACAUGUAAAUAGGAGGCACUCAGAAGAGAAGCAAAAUCUAAAUGAGCGUCAAACAUUGGUGACUCGAAAGCUUCUCCAUUGACUUUUGUUUGGAUGCUUCCUUUUAUGGACAAGAGACGUUCCCCGGCACCCAACCGCGUUCUUAGCUGCGAGCGUGUGGUGCGGUUCCCACAGCUCGCACGCAAGAGGCCUCUGACCCGAGAGGCCUGAGCUUGCUGACAGUGAGCAGAGCACAGCAACCAUCAGGCCGCCGGGCAGCCACAGAGAUGGAUGGAGUGACAGGACAAAAAGAAAAACAUACAAGGAGACGGGAGCUGAGCCAUGAGGGAAAGUUCAGAUGUGCGGGUGAUUUGUCACAGUGGAUGUUCUCAGGCAUUUUGUGCGGGAAGAAAGGAGCGCAUCAACAUGGAUUUGCCACAAAAACAUCAGCUUGUACUUUUUGUUAUGCAUGGGAUGAGGGUUGCAAAAUCCUAGGAAUUUUUUUUGGAGGUUGACUGGCAGGAAUUUAUGUGAAUCAACCAGUAAUUUUAAUAUUGGCUCUUAACGGGAAACUGAAACGUAGUUGGCUAAUGUUGCAUCAUCUUGACAAAAUCAAGCCAAUUUAUUACAAACAGGGUCAUACCUUGGGUUAUCCCAACUGAGAGGUUUUGAUUGAUUUUUAAAUAAACGGGUUAAAGAAAUGAACUGUAAAAUAUAUAUUUUAUGUAUUAGGUAUCCUGUAAUUGACCCAAUUGCAUAUUCAAUACAAUUGAAACAUACUGACUACUUUGAAAGCAAAGCAUAUAUUAUAAAAUAUAAACUCUUUAGAAUUUUUUUCAUUAUCCCUCAACUAAACAAUCAUUUAAAAUGUCAAGAAAUACAAGUUUAAAUUCACGCUUUAGAGACCUGAACACAUCACCCCCUUUGAAAAAUGUGGAAUAUUCCCCAAGUCAGAGGUUCACAGCCUUUUUUCAGUGAUGUAUCCUACUACCCCCUGUGAAAUAUUUUUUCAGCCAAGUGCGCCCUCCCCCAUGCAAAGCAUUUUUGCAUGGGAAAAAACAGUGCGGUGCCAUCAGUGUCUGAUUUAUUCAACUUUGGAACUCCAUUUGUUGUUGUAUCUCUUGAACUAUUUGGAUAUAUAUAUAUAACCCCAAAAAGAAGGAAAUAAUUGACUGAAUUGUAAAUAAAUGUGUGUACAGCAAAAUAAUUGUCAACAUAAAGCGUCCUCCUUAGGGAUCCUAGUACGAAUCUGUUCCCAAAUGAAAUGUCAGAGAUGGGUCAACAUAUUUUGGGCAGUUCAAUGUGUAUUAUUGGAUUCAGAGUCGGGGGGAAAAAUGUUCGAACAGUCAAAUGUCAAUCAGUGAAAUGCGUGAAUCUAAUACCUUUCCAUUAAAUUGCCUUUAGUUGCCAUGUAAACUUUACAGUUUGUAAUAUUACACUUUGAAUUGUCCAUGAAAAUCAAACACAUGCUUUUUAACAAUUUCCCACCCAAGUUGGGACUAAUAAAAGGUUUUCCCUUU